UUUCUUCCCGUUAAGCUACUCCUUCUCUCUCACUCUCUAUCUCUCUGAGUCAGUCAUAGACUCAUAGCUGCGACCAACAUUCACAGUCUCAGUAUAUCUACAAAUCGCUUCUCUACACACACCUUGAUCCAAAACCCAAUUUUACUGAGAUUCUGCUCUUCGAUAACAGUUCCAGGCCCAGUAAUCUGGAAACUAUUUCCUCUUUCAGCAAAACCCUAGCUCGAAAAAUGGCGUCACGAUCUGCUCUGUUACUCUUCUGUUUUUUUGCUCUAGCCACAGAAGAGACUCUGGCCUCAGUAUUCUCCUCAAGGCUGAUCCAUCGCUUCUCCGACGAAGGCAGAGCGUCGAUUAAGACUCCGACAUCGUCGGAUUCGUUGCCGGAGAAGCGGAGCUUGGAGUAUUACCGGUUGCUCGCGAGUAGUGAUUUCAGAAGACAGAGGAUGAAUCUCGGUGCCAAGUUUCAGUCCCUUGUUCCAUCAGAAGGAAGCAAAACGAUUUCUACUGGAAAUUACUUUGGAUGGCUACACUACACGUGGAUCGACAUAGGGACUCCAAAAGUGUCGUUUCUUGUGGCUUUGGAUUCUGGAAGUGAUCUACUUUGGAUUCCUUGCAACUGUGUGCAGUGCGCACCUUUAACAUCCACUUACUAUAGCAGCCUGGUAUAUGCUUCCUCGUGUUUGGGAGCACAUGUUCUGCAGGCUACCAAAGACCUGAACGAGUAUGAUCCAUCGAGUUCAAGCACCAGCAAGGUGUUUUUGUGCAGCCAUAAGCUUUGUGAAUCAGCUCCAAGCUGUGAGACCCCGAGGGAGCAAUGCCCUUAUACUGUUAACUACGCUAGUGGCAACACCUCGAGCUCGGGAUUACUUGUUGAGGACAUCUUACAUCUUGCCUAUGAAACAAACAAUAGAUUGAUGAACGCUUCCUCCUCUGUCAAGGCUCGAGUUGUUAUAGGAUGUGGUAAGAAGCAAAGUGGUGAAUACUUGAAUGGUGUUGCUCCUGAUGGCUUGAUGGGUUUAGGACUUGGAGACAUCUCGGUUCCAAGUUUUCUUUCUAAAGCAGGACUCAUGCGAAACUCUUUCUCCAUGUGCUUUGACGAGGAAGAUUCAGGAAGAAUUUACUUCGGUGAUAUGGGACCGUCGAUGCAACAAUCAACACAAUUCAUUCCGCUUGACGACGAAUAUGUAGCCUACAUUGUGGGCGUGGAGGCAUGUUGUAUUGGCAAUUCGUGUCUGAAGCAGACAAGUUUCAGAACUUUGAUUGACAGUGGACAAUCAUUUACAUAUCUACCAGAAGAAACAUACAGAGAAGUUGCGCUUGAGAUUGACAGUCAUGUAAACGCUACGAUUAAGAGAGUCAAAGGUGGCCCAUGGGAUUAUUGCUAUGAGACUAGUGUUGAGCCAAAGGUACCAGCGAUCAAACUCAAGUUUUCGCACAACAACACAUUCGUGAUUCACAAACCUUUGUUUGAACUCGAACAAAGCCAGGGGACUGUCCAGUUUUGCUUGCCUAUCAGUUCUAGUGGACAAGAAGACAUAGGAAGCAUAGGACAGAACUACAUGAGAGGGUAUCGAAUGGUUUUCGAUAGAGAGAACAUGAAGCUAGGCUGGUCAGCCUCCAAAUGUCAAGAGGAUAAGAUAGCGCCGCCUCAGACUUCACCGGGAAGCACUUCAUCGCCAUAUCCGUUGCCAACAGAGGAGCAGCAAAGCAGAGGCCAUGCGGUUUCACCAGCAAUUGCAGGUAAAACUCCUUCCAAAACACCAUCAUCAUCAUCAUCAUCACCAUCAUGCAGCUUCUCUUCCAUGAGAUUAUUCAACUCUCUUCUUCUCCUCCUUCUUCUGCUACAUGGCCUUGUCGCUCAUUUAGUGUAGAGAUAAAACUCGUCUUAUUAAAAACAUAACUAUUUUGCGUUCGCGUAUAUAUAAGAGUUCAUUUUUAAAGUCUGUCCACAUCAAUUUGUUAUCUUUCUUCAUUCAUCU